AUGGGCACCCGGCAGACCAAGGGCAGCCUGGCCGAGAGCCCUGGCGCGCCCCCCGCCGCCGCCGCUACGGCCACGGCAGCUCCCCGCCGCCGGAGCUCGGCCCGCGAGCGGGGCGACUUGUGGGCGGCGCUGCUGCUGCGCUCCGGGGACAAGGCGGCCCGCGCCGGGGCUGGGGCCGGAGCCGGCCUGCCCCCCUACCAUAGGCGGGUGGGCAUGAUCCAGGAGCUGCUGGCGCUCGUGCGCCAGGGACGCCAGGACGAGGCCGGAGAGCUGCUCCGCAACCUGCGCCAGGACUUGGGCAUGGAGUCGACAUCCCUGGAUGACGUCCUCUACCGCUAUGCCAGCUUUCGGAACCUGGUGGACCCCAUCACGCACGACCUCAUCAUCAGCCUGGCCCGCUACGUGCAUUGCCCCAAGCCAGAGGGUGAUGCCCUGGGCACCAUGGAGAAGCUCUGUCGGCAACUGAUGUACCAUCUCAGCCCUCACUCCCAGUGGAAACGCCAGGGCCUUGUGAAGAGGAAACCCCAAACCCUUACCACUCUUCUGUCUUGGAAUCAAUACACAGCAUUGAUUCUCCCCGCAGGCAGGAGCGGCUCGUCCUGCCUCCGUAGCUCCAUCGCCUUCGAGCCCAGGGCCUGGCGUGUUUGCCAGCAUGCCAGGGGAUCCGGCUCCGAAGGGAGCCACGAGUCAGGACGUCGAGGUCCCGUUUCCACCCUUUACCGUAGAGCAGAAGAGGGCGACGCCGGCAUUCCCUGGGCCGGGAGGAUGGAAGGCGUUAAAGCCCGUGAAAGUACUUGGGAAGGCGUUGGGGCAGGCACAAGAGCCGCUCCACAGACCUGGGCUAAAGUCCAGGUGGGGAAGUUUUAUUCUGAAGAUCGUCAGAACCUGGGAGAUGGGGCCAACCUGAAGGCAGCCCGGCGAGGUGUAGAUGGAGCGAGAGAAGAAUAA